CACACGCACCCUGUGAGCUGGAGGAUCUUGUUUCCACUCGGCUGAUUUUUGGUGUCGAAUCAGAGAAGAACGAGAGAGAGGAAGGAGGAGAAGGAGAGAAAGAGAGAGAGAUAAACAACAGAUGAACAGAUAACCAGGUUAACAACCAAAUUAAUAAACAGAUAAACCAGCAGGUUAAUUAGCAGGUUAACAGAUAACCAGGAGGCAGUGGAUAUUUGUUGUUUGAGGAGAAACAGAUGGAGUCUGAAGAAAAUCUGCUCAAUGCUUUUCUGCUGCUGCUGCUCCUCGGAUCACAAUUUACCCUGGUGGGUCCUUCAGCCCCUGAGGAGGGCUGGCAGGUGUAUAGUUCAGCUCAGGAUACUGAAGGUCGAUGUGUUUGUACGGUGGUUGCUCCUCAGCAGACGGUCUGUUCCAGAGAUGCUCGAACCAAACAGCUCAGACAGCUGCUGGAAAAGGUGCAGAACAUGAGUCAGUCCAUCGAGGUCCUGGACCAGCGGACUCAGAGAGAUCUUCAGUUUGUGGAGAAAAUGGAAGUUCAGCUGAAAAGUCUGGAAAACAAAUUCAAACAGGUGGAGGACGGACAUGAGACCAACAUCGCCAGACAGUACAAGUCUAUCAAGGCAAAGAUGGAGGAGCUGCGUCCUCUGAUACCAGUCCUGGAGACCUACAAGGCCGAUGCUCUGCUGGUCCGACAGUUUAAGGAGGAGGCAGCAAAUGUGACGGAGCUGCUGGGAUCGCUGCAGGAACAACUGGGAGGACUGGAUUACCAGGACCUGCACAGCCGAGUGAUGAGCCUGGAGGACCGACUGAGGGCCUGCAUGCAGAGGCUGGCCUGUGGGAAACUGACAGGAAUCUCUGAACCAAUCACCAUCAAGACGUCUGGGUCCAGGUUUGGAUCGUGGAUGACUGACCCACUGGCCCCAGCUGGAGACAACAGAGUGUGGUAUAUGGAUGGUUACCAUAACAACCGCUUUGUUAGAGAGUAUCAGUCGAUGUAUGACUUCAUGACGACAGAUAACUUCACCUCUCACCGCCUGCCUCACCCCUGGUCCGGUACUGGUCAGGUCGUUUAUAAUGGAUCCAUUUACUUCAACAAGUUCCAGAGUCACACCAUCAUCAAGUUUGACUUCAGCACAUCACUCAUCAGCCGCUCCCGGCAGCUCGACUUCGCUGGCUACAACAACAUGUACCAUUAUUCCUGGGGGGGGCACUCAGAUAUCGACCUGAUGGUUGAUGAGGGGGGGCUCUGGGCUGUGUACGCCACUAAUCAGAAUGCUGGAAAUAUCGUCCUUAGUCAGUUAAACCCAAACACUCUGCAGAUCAUCCGCAGCUGGACCACAAACCAUCCGAAACGCAGCGCUGGCGAGGCAUUCAUGAUCUGUGGAACGCUUUAUGUUACUAAUGGAUACUCAGGUGGAACCAAAGUGUACUAUGCUUACUCCACUAACUCCUCCACGUAUGAGUACAUCGACAUUCCUCUCACUAAUAAAUACAGCCACCUGUCCAUGCUCGACUACAAUCCCCGAGACAGAGCGCUAUAUGCCUGGAACAAUGGCCACCAGGUCCUUUAUAAUGUUACACUCUAUCACAUUAUACAGUAAAACUGAGUUAUAAACACUGUAAAACAUGAUAACUUUACACUUUACCAUGACUAAAUAUACCCCUGACUUGUACUGAGUCUGUGUAGCAGAUAUCUGUCAGGUUGAUUUCUGCUCCUCCAUUAGCCUGUCAUCACAAAGACUGACAGCUAUUUUAGCACCAUCACAAGAAAGUCUACCUUCAACAAAUUGAAGUCUGUCUGUAUGUAACUAGCUAACAGUUCAAAGCUGCGUUCAGUCACUCUGGUUAUUACUCAACACACAGCUCCAGUGCUAACUGCCACUAAACCACAUUUGUUCACCUGUUCAAUAAACAUACAACAUGUUAACAUGUAACACGACAGAAAUCAAACAGACUUGGAGUUAUUUGACCCUGUGUGUCCAGUCUUUGUGAUGAGCUGGACUAAACACAUCCUGGACAUGUCCCAAAGUAUUGGACUGUUAACUUCUUUACAUGAAUAUAAUGUUACACUCUGACCACUUGUUGUUUUUAGGAUAAUUACUCAAGUUUGAUACAAAUGCACUAGAAAUGUAAAAAAAAAACAUGCUGAUACAAUCACAAAGAAAAAACACUUUGUGUUUCACAGUAAAAUCUUUUAAAUAUUAGAUGCUUGACACUGAAGAAUGCUACACAUUUUUAUGAUUAGACUUGUUUUUUGUGACAUUUUCUCACUUUGUGAAAUCAGAGCCUCAGUUAUUCUGAAGUAAUAAUAAUAAUCAUUAUGUUUUUCUUAUUAUGUAUUAUAUAGCAAUACAAAAUCUCUAUUACAGUCUCUCUGUCCAAUAAUUCCCUCAGUUUUUAAAUGAGUUAUUGCAGGAUGAGCAGGGCUAACACACUAUAUUUCUCUCCAUCUUUUAAUGUGCAGUUUCAACAGUUUCUGGAGUCAUGAUAGUUACAUUUUUAUGCCUCCUUCACACAAACAAGCCUCUGAAAUUUUCCAUCUUCAGCUCAGGAGCCUCCAUAACCACCAUUGUCUGGCAGUAGGUCAGUGAGGGUCCACUGGUAAGGGUUGAGGAUACAGGGCUACAGCUGUUUUGUCAAACAGGUUGAAUCCAGUUUGAAAUCAGUGUGAUACAUCAGGUGGAUGUGAAUGAGUUCAGACUGUGCAGGUUCUUUUUUAAAAGAAAUUCAGCUCAGUGAGGAUUUCAGUGUUUGUUGUCCUUUUGUACAAGUAUUUGAAAACCUCUUCACUAUACUAGUCUGUUUAAAGGGAAUCUGCUUGAGUGCUAGAGUUACUGAGAGUAUUUGAGAGAAUUUUAAGAAUUAAUUGAAUAAUUUUAUUCAAUUUUAUUAAUUCCUGCUUUUCUGUGUUUUGUUUUUCAAAAUGUUUACUGUGAUGUCUUUGUUCCUAGACAUCCAGAUUUUGGACUCUAGUUUCAGACUGGAGUGAAUAAAACCUACAGAAAGAAAACUGCAGGAGUUUUGUUAUUCAACAGACUGCAUGUAAGAUGAAGAAAAAGGAUUACUCAGUCUUUGUAACCAGUAGCCUUAAUAGCUAACAUGGAUGCAUCACCCAAUCACUAUGUUUACUGUGUAUUUCUUUUUUUUUGACAAAGUAGAGCCUGCUCUCGAUAAAUAAACUUUACAGCCUGUU